AUGCCAAUCUACCUGUCCAUGCAGCGGGUGCGGUUCUCCAGCCCCGACGCGUACGAGAAGUUCAAGGUCCUCUUCGCCGACACCCGUCGCCACCUCAUGACCCUGCCCGGGUUCCUCCAUCUGACGUGGUGGGAGCACCCGGACGACCGAAGCUGGUACAACGAGUGCAGCUUCUGGACCAGCCGCGGCGCGCUGUACGACUGGCACAGAAACGACUACCACAAGUACUGCAAGACGUGGGCGGCCAACGGCGCCAUCAUGGAGGACAUCAUCAACAACUUUGAGCUCGUCGGCACGCGCCUCCUCCGCGUCUGCCCCGUGUGCAACCUGGUCCAGGACAAGAAGUACGACUUGGCCCAGGAGCAGGCCGUUCUCCGCGAACAGUGCCCCCAGUGCGGCUUCCACUUCCCCGUCAUGGAGGAGAAGCCUUCCAGCUUUGCGGUCUUCAAGGACGCCUUGGUGCCGACGACGACGACGGACGAGGAGGGAAAGAAGAACGGCGACGACGCGGGCGGCGACCACCACUAG